UCUACCGGAAGAGAAUCUACCUCUACUUCCUUUCUUUCCUUAACAGCUGCAUUGCACGGGGUUAGCAAAGCAGUAUAACAGCAAAUUAAACACUGAAUCUGCAAGUCUAGCUUGGACACCAGAACAAACAUGUCACACACAAUUCUGCUUGUCCAGCCAACAAAGAGACCAGAGGGGAGGACAUAUGCCGACUACGAGUCAGUCAACGAAUGCAUGGAGGGUGUGUGUAAAAUGUACGAGGAGCACCUGAAGAGGAUGAACCCCAACAGUCCCUCAAUCACCUAUGACAUCAGCCAGCUGUUUGACUUCAUUGACGAUCUGGCGGACCUCAGCUGUUUAGUAUACCGGGCGGACACUCAGACAUACCAGCCAUACAACAAAGACUGGAUCAAGGAGAAGAUCUACGUGCUGCUGCGGCGUCAAGCCCAACAAGCUGGGAAGUAAAGACAGGGAAGAAGCUGAGAGGUUGCCCCCUUUGCACAGCUAGGAUCAGUUUGCUCCACCCUGAAAUGAAAAGCCCAAACUGAUUCGGGACCAGUACGGGGUCCGGCAGGGUAGCCUAGUGGUUAGAGCAUUGGACUAGUAACCGAAAGGUUGCAAGUUCAAAUCCCCGAGCUGACAAGGUACAAAAUCUGUCGUUCUGCCCCUGAACAGGCAGUUAACCCACUGUUCCUAGGCUGUCAUUGAAAAUAAGAAUUUGUUCUUAACUGACUUGCCUAGUAAAAUAAAAAAAAUAAACAUAGGGGCAACUUCAUCCUUGGCUUUUUGGUAGAGGUUGUAAAGAGGGAGGGGGACAGUGGCCCUUUUCGAAUACACAAUGUGCAUUCACCCUCCCUUGAGAUAAUCACAGAUCGAGAAGUGAUUGGAUAGAUGAGAACAAGGUUAUCAACCUAUUGUUUUCACCAAUUCAACUGAAUCUGAUCAUUGAUUACGCCAAGGAAGGGAGGAAAGUAUUCGAACCGCGACGGUGAUCUAUGGGCGGGAGACAAGCCUAUAAUUUGUUUGGGUCUAUUCUUUGUGGAAGUGGCUAGUUGAUUUGAAGGACAAAUGUAUUGGUAAAGAUGGGUCUUUUGAACAAAAGAAACUAGACAAGGUUACAUGAACUAAAAACAGGACAACUAUUUUUGUUUCUUUCAUUAAAUGUCCAUUUCUGUUCAAGGAAGAGGGUUAUGAGGAGUGACUUUGCUUUGUUUUUUAUGAAAAUUAUGGGAGAGUUGAAUUGAAACAUGCCACUGAUGGUGUCCGUUAAAGGUGUAAUUUGGUAACAUUGACGAAUGUGAUUUACCUUAAAUGCUGAUUAUUAAUUUAGGGUGAAUUAUGUCAGCUUUAUUUUCCAUAUUUGCACCUCUUACUACCAUUUUUUAUUUUAGACCUGUGAAAUCCUGUUUUUGUAAACUUGAUAUUUGGAAUUUCUGACAUCUCUGGUAAUUGUUUUUUCUCUGAAUACAGGAAAUACAUUUUUCAGAUUUUA